GCCCAAAACAGCACCUCAGCAUACUUACCGUCCAGAAGAUACGAUGUGCUGCAAAUGGCACACGGAGUCGGUGAUGCCGUUCCGACGCUGCGCAUGUGCGUAAGCUUUUCCGAAGGAUCUCCGCUUUGGUGCAAGCUAAUCUUGUGUUUCUAAAGAACUCGGACAACUUCACCGAGAGGUUCACAAACUCUCCUCGAGCAGAGCGUUCCUGAUUCCCUGGGUCACCUCCGUCUUGUUCCGACGUGGGCCGUUCCGUAGAGGCGAAGUUGCGUAUGCGUCGUGUUUAUUAUUUUGGAAAACGAAUUCCAUCCUUCCCCGUAUGCUCCUUCUUGGAUUCCGCCAACCCUUUGGAAUCUCUUUUACCAAGCGCGGCUGGAAUGUGAAAUUACAUUAGGCUUGGAGAUCUUUGUUGUUUCUGCUCCUGGAUUCUCCAAAUGCUGAAAUAAUUAUAGAUCCGCUUUUUCGCCGGCCUUUUUGAGAGCAGAGGGUGGCGUUUGGGAGCCGGGCAACCUGGUCUGUCAAGGCAACGCUGACGGGCGGCCGCGUCUCGGCCCGGGGGUCCCCGGCAACCUCUGCCGUGUCGAACCGUGGAUGACAGCUGCCGCUCGGUGGAUUGAUGAGCCCGCUUCGGCGCUCUCUAAAUAGGUGACGGGCCGACCGGGAAAGAUGGGGCAAAAGGUCACCGGAGGGAUCAAGACGGUGGAUAUGCGGGACCCCACGUACCGGCCACUGAAACACGAACUGCAGGGGUUAGAUUACUCCAAGCCGGCCCGGCUGGACCUCCUCCUGGACAUGCCGUCCGUCUCCUACGACGUCCAGUUGCUGCAUUCGUGGAACAACGACGACCGGUCGCUCAACGUCUUCGUGAAGGAGGACGAUAAGCUCAUUUUCCACCGGCAUCCGGUGGCCCAGAGCACGGACGCCAUCCGGGGCAAAGUGGGGUACACCCGGGGACUCCACGUUUGGCAGAUCACGUGGGCCAUGCGGCAGCGGGGCACCCACGCCGUGGUGGGCGUGGCCACGGCCGAGGCCCCCCUCCACUCGGUGGGCUACACGACCCUGGUAGGCAACAACCAGGAGUCGUGGGGCUGGGACUUGGGGCGCAACCGGUUGUACCACGACGGCAAGAACCAGCCCAGCAAAACCUACCCGGCGUUCCUGGAGCCUGACGAGACCUUUAUCGUGCCGGAUUCUUUUUUGGUGGUGUUGGACAUGGACGAUGGGACAUUGAGUUUCAUCGUGGACGGGCAGUACAUGGGGGUUGCGUUCCGGGGUCUCAAAGGGAAAAAACUGCACCCGGUCGUCAGCGCCGUGUGGGGCCACUGUGAGAUUAGAAUGCGCUACUUGAAUGGGCUUGACCCUGAGCCCCUGCCUUUGAUGGACCUCUGCCGGCGUUCCGUGCGCCUCGCUCUGGGCAAGGAUCGGCUGAACGAGAUCCACGCCCUGCCAUUGCCGGAAUCCCUCAAGAGCUACCUUCUCUACCAAUGACCCCCGUUGGGGUCGGAAGGACAGCGCCUCUCGCCAGGAGCAAAGUGGGCGGAUUCAUGCGCCAUGCGCCUCUAGACCAUGAUCCUAUUGGUUCUACACACACACACACACACACACACACACACACACGCAGGCUUUCCUGCACGGCCUUUUUAAUUUGCUCCCGUACCUCCCGGUUUGAAAUCCAUUCCCCGUCGCGAAGGCCUAACGAAUUACCGCCCAGCGCUUGUUCGCAUUCAGCCGCCUUCUCCGUUCCAGAGAUGGAUGGGAAGCUCCCAACCCUGUCGCUUCUACCUCCCCGUUUCUCCGCCAACGACGGAACGCGGCCGGUUCCCGCUCCGUGACACGCGCCACCGGCGCGGCGAGAAGUCGGCAGGACGGCGCGCACGAUGAGAUCACAGGUGCUACCGUUGGGCCGCGAGUUGGCAUCACGCCGCGCCCCAAAGGAUUAUAACCAAAAAAAGGCCGCAAUCCCACCGCCCCGAUUUCAAGACUAUACUGGAAAUUUAGCAGCCAUUUUGGGUUGCGUCCUAAUGUUGGGGUGGCUGUGUGUGCCGUUGAGGCCAACUGUGUAGGCGCAAGGCCCGGGGGGUGGGGGGUCAAGACUUGCUCGUCUUUUGGGGUAUUCACUUGAACCUGUAGCUUGGGUGCGGUAGAAUUCCUGUGAACGGCACAAAUUCGUCCGCCUUAGUUAAAACCUGCUUGUGCGCUAUCAGGGGAAUUUGCUCUCCUAGACGGACGUGCCUCAACUUCCUGGGUAUUAAACCAGCCUUCCCCGACCUGGUGCCCUCUAGGUUUGGACUGCCAGUCCUUUCGUCCCCAGCCAGCGGGGAUAAUGGGACUUGUAGUCUGACACACCUGGCCUAAAUGCAAGCCAUUUCCUGUUUCGGUUUCACCUUCGUUUAGCUCCCUCUCUUCCAAUUGCCAUCUAUCAGUAACAAAACAUUUUGUCUUUGUAUCUGUGGGGCAGAAGGCGACCGCUUGAACCCUUCGGCUCCUCAUCUUGUCGGCUGCUGCCAGGUAAAAUCUGCAUCAGGCCCGCUCCCCCUUCCUGAACAGGCCAGCUUUCGGCGUGCGGCUGGGCCCAUCGGCACCGUAGAUGGGCAACUGGAUUAAAGUUGCCCUUCUGCACUGACCUUGGAUUAAAGGCAGGUUUUCCUUUAUCUCUCCUCCACCCAGCCUCUUGUCUCCAACGCGGGUCAGCAGCCAGGUUACGGAAUCCUAGGCUUGCGGCUGAAAACCCGUGACGGCUGCUCUGGAUCAGAAGAGAGUUUAGUUGUCCCGUUGGGACGCACGUGCCCAACACCCUCCCCAAAUUGGUACAGGCGCUAGGGAGGCUGAACGUGAACACUAUAAAACCUGGAGGGCUUGAUCCCAAGUGCCUGCUACACAUCAAGGCGUGUAAGCGUUGGUCUGAAAGAGCAAAUCCUAACUAAACAAGCCUUCUAAGUUGCCUUCACAGAGGGGUUUAUUUUGCACAUAUAUUUUUUCUUUUUUUUUCUGAUGGGGAAGAAAAUGCAUCUCUCUCUCUCUCUCUCUCCCUCUCUCACCAGAUUUGUGUAGGGUGUGUGUUCCUUUUUUAAAAAAAUAAAAAUAAAAUCUGUAUAGGUACAAAUGAGCUUAUUUGUUAGAAAAUGUUAAUAUAUUUUUUCCCCUUGCCUUUUUGUACGUAAAAGGACUGUGUUUGGGUGUUUGUUUUUAAGAAAUGCUGCUGUAGGGAAUUAUCUUUUUUUUCCCCUUUUCUUUUUUAAACAAAGAAAAUAGCUUAGGUUUUUUUGGGGGGGCGGGGGUUGGUUUUGUUUUAAAGAAAGCCCACGCCUGGUGCCAAAUCGAAUUUGGGAGAACUUGACCUGCCUUUUAAAAACAAAAAAAAGCUGUUACAAGUGGGACACUUUAAAAUUGCACAAACAAUUUUAAUGAGUACAGAGCCGCGUGUUUUUUAAAAUAAUCUUCAGUUCUACUCACGUCUUUUUCACGGUCACUGGGAAACGUUAGUUUUAUAGCCAUCUUUUAUUUUAUUUUAUUUUAUUUUAUUUUGUUUUCCUCCCUUCUCACCUCGUCUUUAAAGCCCUUGGUGUACCUGGCUUGUACCGUUUUUAAGCCUCUCACUAGUUUCCCCUUGAUUAUAGAUAAUCAGUAAUCAAAUUAAAAAUAAAAUAAAAGUUUAUUAAAUAUUGA